AGGCUGUGGCUCAGCCUCUGGAUUAAGAUCAAACAAGUAUCAGGCUUCAGGUACAUAGCAGAGAGACCCUGCUAUCAGGAGACAGGCAGAAAACCAGCAGUUGCUGGGUCCUUUAGAUUUAAAUAACAUCAUGGGGACCUUGGGAACUUGCUUUUCCAGGGGAAAUGCCAGGUGGGAUUGUGUCAAGUAAACCUCAUUGCCCCCUCCUGUGGAUGCCUAUAUUUAAUAUUUGGUAUAAAAAAGGCACAGUUUGUUAAUGGAAUUAGAGACACAUUGAGAUUAUCCACUCAUAUCGGUUUGCAUACCUGUGGGCACUGUGCAAUUUUAGGGAGGGGGAAGGAGUUCACUACAAGUGAACAGUUUCAUACAGGUGGAUGUGGGCGGAUUUUAACACAAAGCACCACCCAACUUGAACAUAUUAAAAGAGAAGCAGAGACAGGUUGGUAUUGUUACAGAUAGCAUCCUUUGAUUUUUAUCGAUUUAGGUAAUUGACUUUUUUUUUCCCUUUCAACAACUCUACUGUGCAUUAGCAGGAAGAUACAAGGUAUCUUGGGAAUAGUAUAUUACACUUGAUUAACCUUAAAGAACAGAAUGGUGUGAAGAAGAAUGGGUUUAUAAACUUUAAAUAUCCUACUAAAGAAAAAAUAUCAAAAUAUCAAAGAAAAGUUACGCUAAUAAUGGCCCAAGUCAAAAGUGCAGGGCUUGAUGCUGAUGGAGAACAAUCUGGUGGAGGGCAUGGAGACAUACCAACCAGUCUUCAAAUUGUUACUUUUAAGUGGCACCAUGUUCAGGAUCCAUACAUAAUUGCUGUUUGGAUAUUGGUUGCAAGUUUGGCUAAAAUUGUGUUCCAUAUAUCUCACAAAGUGACCACUGUGGUACCUGAAAGCUGCCUUCUCAUAGUUCUUGGCCUUCUUCUGGGUGGUAUAGUGUGGGCUGCAGAUCACAUCGCCUCUUUUACCUUAACACCAACAGUCUUUUUCUUCUACCUACUGCCUCCCAUCGUACUAGAUGCAGGAUACUUCAUGCCAAACAGAUUGUUUUUUGAAAAUCUUGGCACCAUUCUUUUGUAUGCUGUAAUUGGGACAAUAUGGAAUGCAGCAACUACAGGCCUCUCUCUAUAUGGAGUUUACCUGACUGGAAUAAUGGGAUAUUUAGAUAUUGGUGUUUUGGAGUUCCUACUGUUUGGAAGUCUAAUUGCAGCAGUUGACCCAGUGGCCGUCCUUGCAGUAUUUGAAGAAGUCCAUGUCAAUGAUGUCCUGUUUAUCAUUGUUUUUGGAGAAUCUCUUUUGAAUGAUGCUGUUACAGUGGUGCUGUACAAUGUAUUUGAUUCAUUUGUUGCUAUUGGAGGUGCAAAUGUGACUGCUGAAGAUUGUGUAAAAGGCGUUGUGUCAUUUUUUGUAGUAAGCAUCGGUGGAACAUUAAUUGGAAUUGCUUUUGCAUAUAUUCUCAGCUUGGUUACUCGAUUCACCAAACAUGUCAGGAUUAUUGAACCUGGAUUUAUUUUUAUUAUUUCAUAUCUUUCUUAUCUUACUUCAGAGAUGCUUUCACUUUCUGCAAUCCUUGCAAUUACUUUUUGUGGAAUUUUCUGUCAGAAAUAUGUAAAAGCUAACAUAUCAGAACAAUCAGCAACUACUGUGAGAUACACAAUGAAAAUGUUGGCAAGUGGUGCUGAAACAAUUGUCUUCAUGUUUUUGGGAAUAUCAGCUGUUAACCCACAUAUUUGGACAUGGAACACAGCUUUUAUACUUUUAACCUUAGUUUUCAUCUCUGUUUACAGAGUGAUUGGUGUUGUCCUUCAAACGUGGAUUCUUAACCGCUACAGAAUGGUUCAGCUGGAGAUAAUAGAUCAAGUUGUCAUGUCAUAUGGGGGUCUCCGUGGUGCUGUGGCCUUUGCUUUAGUGGCAUUAUUGGAUGAAAACCGAGUUAAAGAAAAGAACUUAUUUGUCAGCACAACUAUAAUUGUUGUAUACUUCACGGUCAUCUUUCAGGGCUUAACAAUUAAGCCAUUGGUGCAAUGGUUAAAAGUGAAAAGAAGCGAGCACCGGGAAAGAAAACUUAAUGAGAAGCUGCACAGCAGAGCGUUUGACCACAUUUGCUCUGCCAUUGAAGAUGUUUCUGGUCAGAUUGGACAUAAUUACAUAAGAGAUAAGAUAUCAAGCUUUGACUCAAAAUAUCUCAGUAAAAUUUUUAUGAGAAAAUCUGCCCAGAAAACACAAGAUCGGAUUCUUAAUGUUUUCCAUGAAUUAAAUAUGAAGGACGCCAUAAGCUAUGUUGCUGAGGGAGAACGGAGAGGCUCACUAGCAUUUAUUCGUUCCUCAAGCACUGAGAAUAUGGCCAAUGUUGAUUUUAGCAGUCCACGACCUUCACUCAGUGAGCCAUCAGUGUCUUACCUAUUGAGGGAAAACAUCAGUGCAGUGUGCCUAGACAUGCAGGCACUGGAGCAAAGAAGAAAAAGUGUUAGAGAUGUAGAAGAUAUUUUAAGCCAUCAUACUCUGCAGCAAUAUCUGUACAAGCCAAGGCGACAGCAAAAGCACCUUUACAGUCGUCAUGAAGUCACAGUGGAUGAGGAUGAAAAACAAGCCAAAGAAAUAUUUCAAAGAACAAUGAAGAAACGUUUAGAAUCAUUCAAGACAACUAAAUUUGGUCGCAAGCAUGUGAAAAAGAUCAAUAAAAACUACAAAAAGGAUUUGGGACAACGUAGAAACAGUACAAUGAAUAUGCUACCCAAUGGAAAUAUUUCAGAUAACAUGAAAGUUCAUGACAUCGAAGCUUAUGAUGAAGAAAAUACUAUGGAGUGUGAUCCUGAAAUGAACAACUGCAUUACUUUUUUUGCAUCUUUAGCAGACAGCAAGGGGCAGAUAGAUACAGGCUUUGGAAUUGAUAACCCAGUAUUUUCAGCAGAUGACGAGGAAGAUAUUUCUUUCAAUUUUGCACCAUGGUUCUCCAAUGAAGAUGCAGUAGCUCCAUCACAAAGGGCCAGAGUAAAAAUACCAUAUUCACCAAGUAAUUUCAGAAGGCUUACUCCACUACGCAUAAGUAAUAAAUCAGUUGAUUCCUUUUUGACAGCAGGUUUUGCAGAAGAGCAACCCAGAUCUUUCCUGCCAGAAUCAACAAAUAUGUAAUAUAUCUAUAGAUUAAAAGAAAACCUUGUCACCCUACAGUAAAGAAUUUGCUAUCUAUUCAUAUUAGGAAGACACUACAAUAAUAAAUAGAGAAGAAAUAUAUUAAGAUGGAUUUUUUAUAUUUACACAUUUGUGAGGGGGUGCGCUGUAGGCCACUUUCCUUUUCUAUUUUAGUUAGCAUGUCCAAAAUGGAAUUAAAUUUUAUUCCAAAUAUAAUCACUUCAACAUAUAUUAUUUAAUUACUCCAUAUAUGUGUGUGCAGAAUCAUUUUAUAAAAUAUUUUGUUAAAUAUUUUGGUGCUAGAGUCCAAUUUACCCUUGCAAUUAGGCAAUGAAUAGGAGAAGGUCUUAAAGGAGAAAGAAAGGCUAAGUCACUUGGGGGUGCCAAAAUGUUAGGCACCCCCAAGUGACUUUAAUUGCAUACCCCGGGCUGGUGCCCCUGUACGGAGAAAACCGCACCAGCCUGGGGUAGCAGCGGUCACUUCCUCCAUCCGGGUUCCCUGCGCGCGCAUGCGCAGUAGAGUUAAAAGCCGAAAUUUAACAGAAAAGUCAGCUUUUAACUCUACUGCGC